UCCUCUCUCUCUCUCACCCUCUCUUUCUCUCUUCUUAGCCUCUUCUCCUAAUCUUUUCUUGUCUUUCUAUACACAGGCUUCUUCUUCUGCAGCUCUCUUGUGAAAAUUUUCCCAUUAUAUGAGCAUCAUUGAUCAUACCACAACAAAAGCCACAAACUUUUGUUGUCAUCCUAGUUAGUCCCUUGAGUUCUACAAACUUUCCUUUUCAUACCAAACUAGUUAGUUUCUAUUCUGUUCCCAUCCAAUUCAAUGGAAUUUUCCAGCAGAAGAAGGGCUCUGCUCAAAGUCAUCGUCCUUGGGGAUAGUGGGGUGGGGAAGACAUCCUUAAUGAAUCGAUAUGUCUACAAGAAGUUCAGCCAACAAUACAAAGCAACGAUAGGUGCUGAUUUUGUGACGAAAGAGCUCCAAGUAGAUGACAAAGAUGUCACUUUACAAAUAUGGGACACCGCAGGGCAGGAGAGGUUUCAGAGCCUUGGAUCGGCGUUUUACAGAGGGUCGGAUUGUUGUGUUCUGGUAUACGACGUCAACGUGCUUAGAACAUUCGAGACGCUGACUAAUUGGCACGAUGAGUUCCUUAAGCAGGCAGAUCCAGUACAUCCAGAUGUAUUCCCUUUUGUGCUACUUGGGAAUAAGAUUGACAUUGAUGGUGGAAACAGCAGAGCGGUUUCAGAGAAGAAAGCAAGAGAAUGGUGCAGUAGUAAAGGAGACAUUCCUUACUUCGAGACAUCAGCCAAAGAGGAUUACAAUGUUGAUGAUGCCUUCCUAUCUGUAGCCAAAGUUGCCCUUCAAACUGACCACCAACACGAUAUUUACUACCAAGGUAUAUCAGAAGCUGUUUCCGAAGUUGAUCAAAGAGGGAGUUGUGCAUGCUAAAGCUCUAGCAAAAUGAGAGGCUUUCAAUAGGUUGGAUUAUGCUUUUUUUUUGCGUAAUUUCAUCAGUCGCGUAUCUAUUACACUCGAUAAUAUGUUGACGACUGAGAUGAUGAGGAGGCAUUAUCCGAAUCUACAUUUUCUGCUCUUUGGUUGAUUCUAUUGAUUGUUGUCAUUCUGUUUGCAAAGUGACAAAUGCUUGAUUGAUCCCAAAUCAUUGGUGCCGUUUUGAGUAAAAGUUAUUUGUACAUCAGCAUUAAUUUCCUUUGGGUAGCAGGAGAUAUAUAUUUUGUAUAGUGUGUGAAGUUUUUGUGAUUUUGUCUUUGAAAAUUUAUAAAUAAAUAUAAAUAUUUGUG